UUACGCUAUUAGCAUCUCCUUUAAGAAUCUCUCCACCCAAACAAAAUGACACCGAAAAUGGUGACGAUUUGGCUCUGACUUAAAUAACACGGAAGGCUGCACUUACACGUGUCCUUUCUAAUAUCGAGUAGAUGGAAAUGCCACUUCAUUCGUGUACUACAACAACCAGCGUCCCCUCUAAUGAAAGCGAGGAAGUGUAAACACAAGUCCAGGAACAUGAAAAGAUCGGGUGACAGUGAGGGGGAAAAGAGAAGAAAGAGGCGGAAGCUACUAAAGGAGUUGGGAGACCAGAAGAUCCCCUUUCUGGGACCUUCAGAUCGGGGUUAUCAGCAACUGUGGGACUCCAGUUACUCUGGCCUGGUUCUGAGGAGAUCCUGCUCGCUGCCUGCUGAGCUCCAUGGCCAGGUGCAGGCAGCUCUGCUCACCCUGAGAAGGAAGGGCUGUCUCCUGAGGGAUUUGGUUCGCGUCCGUGACCGAGAUGUAUUUACCGCCGUUUCACGGGCUCUUCUAGGUGAGCCGGGCCACACCUACCGAUAUUUGGACACACGGCUCUUUGCCAUCCCUUGGCACAGUGAGGACAUUUAUAUCAAAGGACAAAACUGUUGUGACCCUGACUUUAGGGCUGCUUGCAAAGCAUUGUGGGAGCUUAACAACUUCUUUUGCUCUGAUGUGUCUCAGCUGAAGGAUGGAGACAGGCUAACACAAUGUGCGAAGGGGGAGGCAGAGGCCAAACAGGGUGAAGAGGGAGACACGGGGUCCAAACACAGUGAAGACUCUAAGAAUAGUGAAGGCGGGGACUCAGAGUCCCGACAAAGUGAGGAGGGGGACACAGAGUCCAAGCACAGUGAGGAAUGGGACAUUGAGUCGAAACACAGCGAAGAGGGCUGCUCUGGGUCAAAACAAGAAGGAGAAUGGGAGACUGAGUCCAAACACAGCAGUGAGGAGGGAGAGUCCUCUCAGGUCAAACAAAGUGAAACAGCUGUUGCAGUGGGGUCGGAACACAGUGAAGGGAAAUUUCCCGGGUGGGCGCCUAAGGCCAUCAGUGGCACAGAGACUAAACCUGUGGGAAUAGGGGCCCAGGAGAAACCUGUGGCCCAACUCAAGCAUAGCUUGUCAGGUUACCACAUUGAGGACAGGGAGGAACAGGCAAGCGGGCUGGGGUGUUCCCAGCCGAGUCCUCCGCAGGUAUGCACCGGUCCGGUAAAGUUCAAUGUCACCUUACUCAACUACAUGGACCCAGCAGCUACAAGCCAGCUCAAAGAGGAACCUUACUAUGGCAUGGGGAAAAUGGCGGUCGGGUGGCACCACGAUGAAAACCUCAUCAGUCAUUCGCCAGUGGCCGUUUACAGCCAUAGCUGUCACAAUGACAAAGGUGAGAGCAGCGAGGGAGGCAGCGGUGAGAUGGCAUGCUGGAGGAUUGGGCUCAAGGUAGCCUGGGACAUUCACACACCUGGCCUGAUGCUGCCACUGGAGUCUGGAGACUGCUAUUACAUGAGAGAUGACCUGAACAGUACCCACCAGCACUGUGUCCUGGCUGGAGAGACCGCACGCUUCAGCUCCACACACAGAGUGGCAGAGUGUUCCAGUGGUACCCUGACCUACAUCCAGUCGCGGUGUCAAGAGGCCCUGUCCAACCUGCACACUGACCCAGAGACAGGCUCCCACAGCCUGCUGGCGCUGCUGCCGACAACUCUACAGCACUGUGAGGAGAUUCACAAUGAGGUGGAGUUCGAGUGGCUGCGGCAGUACUGGUUUCAGGGCCAACGCUUCGCCCGCUUCUGCAGCUGGUGGACCGGGCCGAUGGAGCAGCUGGAGAAGGACUGGAAGCUCAUGGAGACGAUGACAAUGCUCUUCUUGGAUACAGUGGAAGAAGAGGGCCAGGAAGGAGAGGGAAGGAGGGAGAUGGCAGAAACCUUGCUGUCUUCCUUGACAGACAGACACCAGCAAAGACAGACAUGGCGAGACAGGUGCCACUCAAGUCUGGCCCAGACAUUACCCCCUGAGGAGGCCCCAGUGGACCGGCCCUUCUGGGGUGUGGAUGACCCCAGCAUGCCGCUGCCCUUUGAUCUGGCUGACAUCAUCAACAGAGUGGAGUCGCUGCUGUGGAGGAUGUGAAGGAUGGAUAGAGGAAGUGAGAAAACACACCACCAGCUUUUCUGAAUGGCCCCCACAACAGAUCCCACAAAGACUGAUUUCCUUUUGAUUGGAUCAUCGACAUC